CGCAGCACCGCCCGUCGUUUUGUCAGCGAAUGGUCUCUCAUGGUAGCCUCUGCCUCAUUACCGACCAACAACUACCGGCAAAUAUCAACUUCCGAUCACCGGACUCGUUCUUCUACUCCUCUGUUCUUCCGUUUUCGAACUCAAAAGAAAGAUCCAUUUGAACGGCUGGUUCACAUUGCUUUACUUCUCCUACCUUCUGACUCUUCUCUCUGGAAGCUCGAAACAAGUUAAGAUCCUUCCUUAGUGAUUCUUCAAUUGUACAAGCUGUAAGUUCUAAGUGCUUCUCGCGAAAUUGGCUUUUCACAAGCCCCCUGGCUUAAAUUAUACCAAUGUGCAUGUGAGUUAAGAGCUACCAUUACUCAGUUCGAGCACUUUUGGUCGAUUGCUUGGUAGCUACAAUUGAAAAGGAGUUCUUGUAUCGUAGUUUUUCUUUCAGCUUCGAGCAUAAAUCUGGUCCAAGAUUUAGGUCUGUGUCUAUAACUUGAGGAAUUGGGACAAAGAAGCUCUGGACAGCAUAUGAGUUUUGUUUCCGUGCUGUAACCUUCCGUGAGGCCCGUGUCGGUCAAAUGCAUGUUAUUUUCGCUUGUGGAGUCCAUUUUCUUACAGAGGGAGUUUCUUAAAAUGAAGUGGUAGCAAUCAUAACUGUAAAAGAGAAGAAAAAUGAAGAGGUGGUAUGGAGGAACAUUGAUACUGGCACUUGCCACAAUCUUGGCUUUGCGUUAUGGCCUUAUGAAUAUCCAGCCUAAAAAGCAAUCGGCAUAUGAUUUUUUCAGAAAUCAUCCGACCGAAGAUUCUCAUAGUAAAAACAGUGACUCUUUGGAAGCUGAAGUAGUAAAAACAUCAGAGCGGCCUCAUCUUAUUCAUAUUGAAGGACUUCGUUAUCUAAUUGCUCCGGAUAAUAUUACUAAGCGAGCGUCAGAGGCCUUACUUCUGUGGUCUCAUAUGCACCCCCUGCUGAUGAGGUCUGAUGCUUUACCUGAAACAGUACAAGGGGUUAAAGAGGCUUCCAUAGCAUGGAAUGAUUUAUUGUCAGCUAUUAAGGCAGAAAAGACCAUUAAAGUUGGCAAUACCAACAACUCAAAGGCUGAAAUAUGCCCUUCCUCUGUUACCUCACCUGACAAAAUUGCACCAACUGGGGGAAUCGUUCUUGAGAUCCCUUGUGGUUUAGUUGAGGAUUCUUCUAUAACCCUGGUUGGCAUACCUAAUGGACAGCAAGGGGGCUUUCAGAUUGAACUGUUAGGCUCUCAGGCUUCCGAAGAGCCAAAUCGCCCUAUUAUCUUGCAUUACAAUGUCAGUUUGCCUGGUGAUAAUAUGUCUGAGGAAUCAUUUAUAGUUCAAAAUACAUGGACUGAUGAACUUAAGUGGGGCAAAGAAGAGAGAUGUCCUACUCAUCUGUCAGCAAGCUCUCAUCAAGUUGAUGGACUUGUUCUUUGUAAUGAGCGUGUUCUCCGAAGCACCGGAGCAGAAAAUAUCAGCAUGCAUCAUAAUAAUGAUGAUACCCUAACUAAUGUUUCCAGAGGGCAAUCUCAUGAAAGUACCAACUUUCCAUUCAUAGAGGGGAAUUUGUUCACUGCAACAUUGUGGAUUGGUUUGGAAGGAUUCCAUAUGAAUGUCAAUGGACGACAUGAAACCUCAUUUGAAUAUAGGGAGAAACUUGAACCGUGGACAGUCAAUCAAGUCAAGGUAACAGGUGGUCUGGAUCUUCUCUCUUCCUUUGCUAAAGGCUUACCAGUCUUUGAAGAUCAUGAUUUUAUUAACUCUUCCCACCUUGGAGCUCCUCCUAUUCCGAAGAAAAGACUUCUGAUGCUGGUCGGGGUUUUUUCUACUGGAAAUAAUUUUAAGCGUCGUAUGGCAUUGAGAAGGACUUGGAUGCAAUACAAGAUCGUACGUAGUGGUGAUGUAGCGGUCCGAUUUUUCAUAGGCUUUGACAAGAAUGCACAAGUAAAUUGGGAGCUCUGGAGAGAAGUGGAAGCUUAUGGUGAUAUUCAGUUGAUGCCUUUUGUUGAUUAUUACAGUCUGAUCACUUUGAAAACAAUUGCAAUUUGCAUUUAUGGGACCAAGAUCCUUCCUGCAAAAUAUAUCAUGAAGACAGAUGAUGAUGCGUUUGUUAGAAUUGAUGAAGUUCUUUCUGGACUAAAGAGCAGGCCAGCUUCUGGCCUUCUGUAUGGUCUUAUUUCCUUUGAUUCAUCACCCGAUAGAGAUAAAGACAGCAAGUGGCAUAUUAGUAUGGAGGAAUGGCCAAAUGCGACAUACCCUCCAUGGGCGCAUGGUCCAGGCUACGUCAUAUCACGAGACAUCGCUAAAUUCAUUGUCCGAGGCCACCAGAGUAGAGCCCUCAAGCUUUUUAAGCUGGAAGAUGUUGCAAUGGGCAUAUGGAUUGAGCAAUUCAGCAAGGGUGGCAAGGAGGUACAGUACAUAAAUGAAGAAAGGUUUUACAACUCCGGCUGUGAAGCCAAUUACAUUCUUGCUCAUUACCAAAGCCCAAGAUUGGUACUAUGCCUUUGGGAAAGGCUUCAAAAACAAUUUGAAUCCACUUGCUGUGAUUAGUAUUUAUUGGAUAAUCAUGAGUUUGUUUUAUGGAGUACUUUUAAUUUACGAGUUUAUGGCAGAGAAUACUUUUUUUCUA